GCGUACGCCGGCUCCAGUACGUUGCGGGAUAAGCCGUAUAGGCCCUGAAUAACAUACUUUACUCAACACAAAGCUAGUACUCAUUUAAAGAAUGACGCUCGCCGCUCAGCAUUUUCUCAUGGAUACAUUUGGGUCAGACUUUGAUUCGCUGCCCUCUUCUUUAUUCAAGGAUUUUGCUGGCGAUGUUAACUGUAAAGACAAAUCUCUAACAAAUAGUCAUGAGGAGAAAUUAGUAGGCUAUUCAUUUCCACCUACACCGCCAAUUUCUCCAGGAUGUUCACCGCAUGCGUCGGAAACUGGCGACUUGGAGCGAUUACAUCCGUUCUGUGAUGAGUUCGCAGAUGAACUGACUUUUGCUGACGACAAGUCUUUGUAUUUUCAAGAAGAUGAUUUGAAAGAAAUUCUUAUAAAAGAUUGUAUGUGGAAUGGAGCUGAAUUUGAAGUGGCAGAAAAAGAGAAGUCAGUGAUUUCUAAGCCAAGACUUAACCAAAGUCGCUUUGAAAAGAUACGAUUACUAAGUCAGACUCCGCCAAUCAAUGAGUAUACUGCCCGAGUAUUGAGCGUUGACCCAGCAGAAAUCUUCCCAUUUCCCAUCAGCUCCGAGACGGUCAACAAUGAUCUUGAUGUCAGUGAUUCGGAAGAAGAGGAAGUUGAAGUCGACGUUGUGACCAUCGAAAAUAGCAAAAGUGAAAGUGUCGAAUCCAAGCAAACCGUGGUGAAACACACUCAAGAAUCAAGUUUCGAAACAGCAAUYCCCAGUCCUACUCCUUCGGACUCAUCCACGUUUGAUGAUUUUGAAGAUGAAAAAAACGACCUGGCUGGAAAAAUCCGUCCAAGGCGAUCUCGUAAAUGUAAUGCUGUGGAGAUUCCCUUUUACAAGCAAGCGCGRAAAAUAACAAAGAUUAACAGCUCGGGAUCUGGCGACGAGUCUGAAAAUGACAGUGAAUAUACACGAGCUACACAUAAUGUAUUGGAAAGAAAAAGAAGAAAUGACCUUAAGCUAAAAUUUCAACGACUUCGCGACGCCGUGCCUGAGCUAAAAGAUAACGAACGAGCGCCUAAAGUGUCAAUACUUAGAAAGUCCUGGGAACACAUUAAUCACUUAAAGAAAGAAGAGACUCGACUGGCAACAGAACUUGAAAGACAGAAAAAACUAAACUCACAAUUACUAAAAAAACUGUUGACUUUAAAUCAAACCGGUCAACAGUAAUAAAGGACAAUAGGGCAAAAAAUUGAACAUUAAAUGUUUAGGGUUUUUUGAUUGAUAGUAAAUAGAGGUUGCUCAUUAUACUGCCCAGCAAUAAAGUAUAUAUAUUUAUCAAGCGAGAUUUGCCGAUUAUGGCUUUCUCAUGACUAGAAUGGCAAUAGAACGAGUGUUGACGGUAGAGAUAAAUCCAAGCUUAAUAAUAUUGUACAUAACAAUUUUGCACCUAAUGUCGUACACGAUAUUUAGAUACGAAUAUAGAGAAUCACGAUUUUAUUAUUAGAAUACACAAUUAAUAUUACAGGUUAAUACUUUGCUGAAAAAAUUCAAUUUUUAUAUAUGCACUUUUUGCUAUGAAAUAUCAAUAAAAUAAGCACAAAAUCCACAUGAUGGUUUACUGA